UCCUCUUCAUCCAACAUGGCGCCGUCCGGGACGGCUGCUCCGCAUCAUCAUCACUGGGCGGGACCGCGGUGGGUCGAGCUUCGCCCUGCCAGCAGCUGAGCACUUCCGCCGGGGUCAGGUUUCGCCUCUCUCCGUCAUUCGGCAUUUAAAUUGGGCUGCAGGACAUCAGCUGCUGCCUCACUCAGCUUUGCUGCGUGACAGGAAAAAUAACGCCUAGCGCUAGCUGAAACAUUUAGUUUUUCAUUUUUUGUCUCGAAAGCAGCAGAAUUACCCGCGCACCCUGAAAGAGGUUCGGGUUGUUUUGGAGCAGAAGAGCCGGAGAAGCUGAACAAUAACGGUGGAUGCACACUGACAGACAGCCACAUCAUUUCUGGGACUCCUCUGCUAACUAUUGGAUCAUACUUAAUAGCGUUGGUGAAUUAGUCCAACAGUAGGUAAACUGCAGCAAUGUUCAGCUGGCUUGGAACCGAUGAUCGGAGGAAGAAGGAGCCAGAAGUCUUUCAGACGGUCAGUGAUGGACUAAAAAAACUCUACAAGACCAAACUCCUGCCGCUGGAGGAGAGCUACAAGUUCCACGAGUUUCACUCUCCGGCGCUGGAGGAUGCUGACUUUGACAACAAGCCGAUGGUCCUGCUGGUGGGGCAGUACUCCACUGGAAAGACGAGCUUCAUACGCUACCUGCUGGAGCAGGAUUUUCCCGGAAUGCGGAUUGGCCCGGAGCCCACCACGGAUUCUUUCAUCGCGGUGAUGCACGGCGACACCGAAGGAGUCAUCCCCGGGAACGCUUUGGUGGUCGACCCCAAGAAGCCCUUCAGAAAGCUGAACGCGUUUGGAAACGCUUUUCUGAACAGGUUUGUGUGCGCCCAGCUACCCAACCCUGUGCUGGAAAGCAUUAGUGUGAUUGACACGCCAGGAAUUCUGUCUGGAGAAAAACAGAGAAUAAGUCGAGGCUAUGACUUUGCUGCUGUCCUCGAGUGGUUUGCAGAGCGUGUGGACAGGAUCAUAUUGCUGUUCGAUGCCCACAAACUGGACAUUUCUGACGAGUUCUCGGAAGUGAUAAAGGCCUUAAAGAACCAUGAAGACAAGAUCAGAGUUGUGCUGAACAAGGCGGACCAGAUCGAGACCCAGCAGCUGAUGAGAGUGUACGGUGCCUUGAUGUGGUCGCUGGGCAAAAUAGUCAACACACCCGAGGUGAUCCGCGUCUACAUCGGCUCGUUUUGGUCUCACCCGCUGCUGAUCCCUGACAACAGGAAGCUUUUUGAAGCGGAGGAGCAGGAUUUAUUUAAGGACAUCCAGUCUUUACCCCGAAAUGCAGCACUUAGAAAACUCAAUGAUUUGAUCAAGAGAGCAAGACUUGCCAAGGUCCACGCCUACAUCAUCAGCUCUCUGAAGAAAGAGAUGCCGUCUGUGUUCGGGAAGGAGAACAAGAAGAAAGAGCUGAUUGCCAGUCUGGGAGACAUUUACAAGCGCAUCGAGAGAGAACAUCAGAUCUCGCCUGGAGAUUUCCCAAACCUGAAGAAGAUGCAGGACCAGCUCCAAGCUCAGGACCUCACCAAGUUUCAGCCUCUCAAACCCAAACUUCUGGAGGCAGUCGACGACAUGCUGGCCAACGACAUCGCUGGCUUGAUGGUGCUGGUUCGCCAAGAGGAAACCCAAAUGCCCAACGCAGUGGUGAAGGGCGGCGCGUUCGACGGCACUCUGGACGGUCCGUUCGGGCAUGGAUACGGGGAGGGAGCCGGCGAAGGCAUCGACGAGGCGGAGUGGGUGGUCGCCCGCGACAAACCCGUGUACGACGAGAUUUUCUACACCCUCUCCCCCGUCAACGGGAAGGUGACCGGAGCCAAUGCAAAAAAGGAGAUGGUGAAGUCAAAAUUGCCCAACACUGUGCUGGGGAAGAUCUGGAAGCUGGCAGAUAUCGAUAAGGAUGGGAUGCUGGAUGACGAGGAGUUCGCUUUGGCUAAUCACCUGAUCAAGGUGAAACUGGAGGGACAUGAGCUGCCCUCAGAGCUGCCCGCACACCUGGUGCCUCCUUCCAAGAGGAAAAUACCCGAGUAAAAGAAAAAGGAGAAUAGAUUCAUGCCCAGAGAAAACUGGAACUGGAGGACUUCAACAUACAAAUGUACAAAAAAAAAACAAACAAGAUAUCCGUCGUCCAGUCCUGUUGUUUCUGUCAUUCCGUCUUCAAAGCAUUUCAACUUCCAUCAAAUUGAAACUACUUAAUAUAGGCAGAUUUUUUUAACAUUCGUACAAUUUGACAAAAUUUUGUUGAAUUUACCCUGCAAAUAUUUGAACAGCCACAGAAAACUCUUAUUAGAGCCUAACAAAACAGCUAAAACAGACAGUAGGAUAAAAGUAGAUGUCAAAUAUGUAAGUACAGUCAAUAGAUAAUAAAAUGAAACAUAAGCAUUGGGAUACAGAAAGUGUAACAUAGAGGAAAAUGCCUCAUUUACUGCUUUUUUCCUUAGCAAUAUUAAAUCAAAGUGAAUUACAGUAUUUCACAGCACUUGUUCUGUCUGGUACUGUGGGAAUUUGAGUUUUUCAGGUAUGUAAUUAAUUUUCUGAUCCAUGUUUAAGACUGGCAUAAAAAUGACCAAGGCUUCCUGUAAGGCAGAAGAAUGCCCAAAACAAAACGAUGGUUAUCACAACAAUUAGGUGUAGCGCCUGCAUUAGCUUUUUUUUUGUUGUUGAAUAAUUAAAAUUUGGAGAAUAUGAAUUUAAUUUAGAUAUUUUUCUUUUCUUUUUGUGAUUCGUAAGCUGCUUCGAAUCUCAUUAACAUGUUUUGAUACUGUGACACUAAUAACAAUCUACAAUAUAUGUUUUGUUUUUGACAGAGACUGAAUACUGAAUGUGCAGAUGCUUGUUAUUUCUCCGUAGAUUUGUCAUGGCCAUUGUGUGUGUGUGUGUGUGUUGGGGGGUGUGUGUGUGUGUGUGUGUGUGUGUGUGUGUUUGAAAACGUGUAUCGGUGUUAACAUAUUUGUAUUUUCAUUUUACAUCUCACAAGCUACUGACUUGGGAAUUUUCCAGUGAAUUAUUACAAAAAUGGUCCAAUAACAUCCUGAUUGAGCUAGUAUUUAUCAUUUCGUACAAAGUGUAUUUCGAACCAUUUAAAAAGUAUCUCACGCCGGCAGACUUUACUUUCUGAAUCGUGUGUUUCGCUGAAAGAAAUGCACAUUACGGUAUUUCUAACAGUAGCGUUGGCGACGUUUAUAGCCUCUCAGUUUCUAAUUGGUCAGUAAUGAAAUGAAACGACCACAUUAGACUCGAUUCCAUUUUAGCCAGAGAUCCUUAAAAGUUGUCAGAAGAGUAAAGGGGUUACAUAACAACUCGAAGUAAAUAUUUCCACUUCUCUGCUUCUCAGUGUUCUUCAUACCCUUUGCAGUUUUAAAUCUAAAGUUAUUGUCAUUCCAGUUUUCUUUAUCCAAAUCAAGUCUGGACUUUGGCUGAGGUAAAAACAUUAUUAUAUUACUUCAGCUCAGACGAAACAAGUUGACAUUAAAAGAUGGCUCUAACCCUUAAUCUACAAGGAAAAGGAACUAAGAACUAUUUUCGGCUUAACAAAGCAUAGCAGCAUUUCAUUAGUUUAUUGUUGGAAAGGUUUGGACCCUAUUGGCUACGCAGUUUUCCUUUUUUUUUUUUUGUAGUCCUGGUUUCUUAAUCAUAACAGCAUGUUGCUUCCUGAGAAGUUUGUGCUGCAACUACAGAAAUACUCGUAUUAAUCUACUAGUGACUGGCUUUAUGAAGAAACUCUAACCACACCAUUUACACUAGUUUCAGAUGGCUGGAAAGUCAUCAGCAGCAUGCUUUACUCAUUACGUCCCUGUAUGUCGUCAGAUGAGCGCAUUCACUUGAAUACGGAAAAGCUGUCUGUUGAAUGUGGAUUGCAAAACCCUGCGGCGGUUUUCAUGGGUUGCGACAUGAAAUAAGUGGCAUCACUGGCGUUUCCAGUGUGUUUUCUGUUUGUCGGAUGAUGAUGCAUUGCUUCGAUGUGUACCUCGCUGCUUUUCUGUCUUCGGAAAAAGUUUUAACGUGGAAUAAAAAUCAUCUUCAACUGCUUC